GCUCAAUUCUGCUGCGGCCCUGACGUUGAAGAAGUAUCUUGGUGUGUUGCUGCGUCUGUCGUUUGAUUCUGCCAACAUAAAGGUCUUCUUCAGUGUUUGACUUCGUAAGCCUGGUGGCCCACAGCACGUGUGGAGUGGGCUCACCCCCAGCCAGGUAUUGGGCGGUACCCAGGUCCACACUGGAAGAGGCUAAAAGUGAAGUGCUUUGAUCAGGCUCCAUCACUACCGCCACCGCUCUCCGCCGCCUUACAUCCUCCCAGAGAUAAGACAGACGCAUUGCCAUUGCCAUUUGCCAGUAAUAGUGUUGACACUGGAGGCUGCGGGAAGCAUUGUGAUAGCGUAACGCCGCAGACGUCUUGAAGGGUCGCGUCAACGGCUAUAAUUCCAGCGCUAACAAUGGAGGCACAAAUGUCAGGCUGUUCCAAGGGCUACUGACAAUUAUUGGGAAAGCACGCCUACCCUGUAUGGCGUGUUCUUGAUAAAUGGAAUAAAAAUCUAGGGACGAUACUCGGGAUCCCGUCUGGACCAGUGCACCUUCACACUCUACGGAGGCAACUGGAGGUUUACACUUAACGGUUUGCCACCGUGGUACUGAGGUUUGCUCUUAGUCUCCACUGUGAGGCUCAGCAGACCGUAACUAAGGCUGAUACACAUUUCCGUGGAGGUUACAAGAACCAAAAGAAAGCCAUUUAAAUUACUGAUCCAAAAAAAUUAUUCCAUCUAAAAUCUACAAGCAUGAAGCUGGAGUGUAAUUUUUUUGCUGGGUCUGCCCAUAUCCUGAAUGAGGAGACUGUCAUGGAUGUCAUCAAGGAGAAGACCAAAGAGCUGGAACAGGAAGACCCCUUUUAUAUACUAGAUGUUGGAGAUAUUGUUCAGAAGAUCAAGGUGUGGAAGUUGAAGCUGCCUCGAGUGAAGCCUUUUUAUGCUAUGAAGUGUAAUGACCACCCAACUGUUCUGGAAAUUCUUGCUGCUUUAGGAAUUGGUUUUGAUUGUGCAUCCAAGACUGAAAUUCAAAAGAUCCUUGAGCUGGGAGUUGACCAGUCCCGUAUCAUCUAUGCCAACCCCUGCAAGCCAGCCUCCCACCUGCGUCUGGCAGCUAAAUUGCAAGUCCCACUUAUGACCUUUGACAAUGAGACUGAACUUCACAAGAUCAAGGCUUACUAUCCUGAUGCAAAACUUGUUAUCCGAAUUCGUGUUGACAGUGAUGCACUGUGUCACUUAGGCGUAAAGUUUGGAGUGUUUCCUGAAGAUGCAGAAGCACUUAUGGUUGCUGCUCACGAUCUUGGAUUGAAUGUAGUUGGAGUGUCUUUUCAUGUUGGCUCAGGUUGCCGUGAUCCUUCUGUGUUCUACCGAGCAAUUGCUUCAUCUAAAAUGGUCUUUGAAAAAGCUGUGGAUCUUGGAUUCAGUCCUUACUUGUUGGAUAUUGGCGGUGGUUUUCCUGGAUCAACCAGCUCUUGUCUUGAUGAAUUUGCCGAGCCCAUCAAUAGAGCCUUGGAUAUGUUCUUCCCAGAAGGUUGUGGUGUUGAGAUCAUUGCAGAACCAGGUCGUUAUGUAGUGGCCUCUGCCUUCACCCUGGCAACAAGCAUCAUUGCAAAGAGGGAAGUUAAUGAUGCCAAUGGGUCACUGGAGUCCAUCAUGUACUACAUCAAUGAUGGGGUCUAUGGAUCCUUUAAUGGCAUUCUCUAUGAAGACAUGAAAUGCCGUGCUGUUUUGCUUGAGAAACAUGAUGAAGAAACUCAUGUGCCAUGCUCUGUUUGGGGACCAACCUGUGAUGGUAUAGACCAAAUAGCAUCAGAGAUCAGUCUUCCUAGGCUGCCUUGUGGAGAGUGGCUGGUGUGGCCUGAGAUGGGUGCCUACACUCUUGUUGCUGCUGGAACCUUCAAUGGCUUUCCUGUUCCGAAAGUCUUUGUUGUUGUUCCUCAUCAUACAUGGUUGUACUUGGAAGAACAUCUUGGUUGCAGUUUUUCCUUGGCAUCAGUUGAGGUUGAGAAUGAAAAACCUUUCUUAGCCAAAGAUCAACAUAAGAUGGAUGGGUCAUUGGCAGUGACAAAGAAUGCUGCCACUCCCUAUAUUUGUGCUGCCAACACCUUGGGCUCUGUUACCAUGGAAGACCAUAUGGCACAACUGUCACUCUUUGGCAUCGGUGAAAUGUAAGGAUCAACUAGCCAGAAUUGUAGAAAAGCAGAGGGAUAUUUUUAUGUAUGCAGCUUUUCAAGGUGGUUAUCAAGAAAUGACGUACAAGUCUGUUAUGCAAGUUUGCUCCAUUAUGAGUAUGUCUUAUAAAUUUGUUGGCUCUUAUUUAACAACAAAAAUUGAGGUUAGUAUAUAAAAUCUUGUUGACAUCAGAACCUUGUUCCUUGUACAUUUAGAUAAGUUGACACAAGAAGAAACAUCUGCAGUGGUUAUUGUGAUUAUAACAGUUGCUUGCAUGCAAAUUUUACUAACAUCUAAGUUUGACAUUAUUUAUUCAUGAUGGAUAACUUGCAUUACUUUAACUUGUACUGAAAAGCCUUUCUUAACUUAGGUGUAUUUGAUAACUCAUCGUGAAAAGUUUAGUUUGUUGAAAAUUUUGCUCUGCUUAGGAUCUGGUUUUGGGAAACAUGCAACGUAAACUUUUACAGGAGAUCAUUCAGUCAGUAUAUUUUGUUGUUUAAAUUUUGUGUAUUGCCAGAGCAAACAUCACAGUAUUUUAUUGUAAAUUAUUUCAAUUUAGUGUGAUUUAAGAAUAUUCAAAUCCAUGCUACAUUUUGUUUUCCAUCUGUGGUUGCAGGAAUAACAUUUGUGAAUGAAAAUUUUUUUGAAGUUCUAGAACAUUAGGUGAUGGCUCCUGGCAGUACUUAAUAGACAGCUUAUACAUUACUGCUUAUAGAACAUCUUCAGGAGUUUUAGAUUGAUCCUGUAGUCUACCUUAUUCAGGCUGUGUAAAAACAACAAAAAGAUCCGAAGUGAUUAGAUCAUGUAAUUGCAGAUCAUCUUCCAGUAUUGACAUAUCCAUUUGGCUCCACUUCCAGCUUAAUGAUAUCAAAGGUUUUCUUCUGGAACUUGUAACCCCAUGGCAAUGUGUAUCAAUGCCUAGCUUACGGUACUGCUUAGCAGUACUAUUUAAUUAGAUUGGCAAAUUAAAUAUAUUAAAUUUA